CCGCCCUGACUUCUCUGCAGAGUACCCUUCGUCCUGGAUAACCAGCGAUGGAUAAACAUGGCCGGACCCGAUUUUUAUGUGGGCUUGGUUUGAAAGUGUUUGAUCGGACACCAGUAAAGGCAAAGACGUGAUUUUUAUCUCGUGAAGAGCAUUGAGUACAGACUCUUCAUUUGUAAAGAGUUCUAGCUGUGUAAUGUCAACAUCCCGAGUGCACUGGCAGAGUAGGUGCUGAGAGGGAAUACUAAGAUUGUGACGUGAGUGGCUUGGAUUCUACUUGUCUUCCUGACUGAUAUUUGCAGUGCAAGGCCGAAUCACUCAAAGUUCUACGGUCCCGGAUAAUCUGAAGGUGUCCUUGAAUCCCCCGUGAAUACUCUCCAUCGCCGCAUCAACUUUCCAUGGCCGAUGACCACUCUGCUGGUGAGCCUCUGCUGCAGAACCUUACCGAUGCCGAGAAUGGGAAUCCGCCUCAUUCCGUCUUUGCCACUGCGUUCAUCAAAUGGGUUCUUGGUGUCGCCAUGUGGCUCGUCCUCGGUUUCUGGGUUGCAGUUUUCUUUCUUUUCCCCUCAGAUGCUGGGACUCAGUUCGUAGAGAGUUGGACCAGAGCGACCAUGGGAAACGUAUUCGGAGUUACAGGGAGCUUCUUGUUGUUGUGUAGCGCUCCGAUUCUCGUCAUUGCGUUUCUUGCCAUAGCAAGUCUUAUGGUUGAUGGGAAGAAAGAGCUCCAAUUGAAGACGACUAGCAAAUACCCAAGGAUUCGAUUGCGGACAUUUCCCAUCCUGGUUGACGGACCAUUUGGAGUUGUCUCAGCAGCUGAGUUCAUUGGGAUUUGCCUCUUUGUUGUGUUCGCUAUUUGGGCUUUAUAUGCUUACACCAUGCAGAAUCUCAACGUGUUAUCACAGGUCUCAUUAUCUUCUGAAGGGAAAUGGAAUUUGAUGCUUAUACUCACGGGACUUCGCUUUGGUUCCAUCGGGAUAUACUUCUUGGCGUUUCUCUUCCUCCCAAUUUCUCGAGGAUCUGUCCUUCUUAGUAUCAUAGAUAUCCCCUUUGAGCAAGCAACCCGGUAUCAUGUCUGGCUUGGACAUCUCACAAUGUCUUUCUUCACUCUCCAUGGGCUAUGCUUCGUAAUUGCAUGGGCGAUGGAAGGUCAACUGCUAGAUGAAAUACUGCAGUGGGCAGAUGAAGGUAUCGCCGUUCUACCUGGGGUUAUCAGCCUUUUGGCUGGUCUACUGAUGUGGGUGACUACGUUGCCUCUGGUGAGGAAGAAGAAAUUUGAGUUGUUCUUCUAUACACACCAACUCUAUGCUGUCUUCGUCAUCUUUCUGGCUCUGCAUGUCGGAGAUUUUAUCUUCAGUAUAACUGCUGGGGGGAUUUUCCUCUUCGUGAUUGACCGGUUUCUCAGAUUCUGCCAAUCGCGAAGGACAGUGGAUGUUAUAUCCGUGACGUGCCUCCCUGGCGGAAGUGUAGAAUUGGUCUUCUCAAAGCCAGCAAAUCUGCGGUACACUGCCCUGAGUUUCAUCUUCCUUCAGAUUCGGGAAUUGUCAUGGCUUCAAUGGCAUCCUUUCAGUGUUUCUUCUAGUCCUUUGGCUGGAAGGAAACACAUCUCUGUCCUCAUAAAGGUCUUAGGGGAAUGGACCUCCAACUUGAAGAGCAAGGUCUUGCAUAUGCCUGGCACAGAAGGAGAAAACGGACUCCGUAGCCAAUCUCGUUCCAGGAUAACAGUCUCUAUCGAGGGGCCUUAUGGGCAUGAAAUCCCUUACCAUCUGACAUAUGAGAAUCUCAUUCUGGUAGCUGGAGGCAGUGGGAUAUCUCCCUUUUUGGCUGUCUUGAGUGACAUACUCCAUCUUACAAAUCAAGGGAAACCAUGCUUACCAAAGAAUGUCCUGUUGAUUUGGGCCAUAAGAAGAUCCAAUGAGCUUCAUCUGCUAUCCACUCUGGAUACGGAGUCAAUCUGCCCUAACUUUUCCGAUAAGCUGGACCUCGAAGUUCAUGUCUAUGUCACCAGGGAAUCGCAUCCUCCACUGGAAGAAGGUAACAUGGACAAGGGCAUUAGCACUUCCGUGUCUCCUCUAUUAAGGGGAAGUGGCAUGUCCGUUCUAGUUGGACCAGGAAACCGUACAUGGUCCGGAGCUUAUGUCAUCUCCUCUGUGGUUGGCUUUGCUGUAUUGAUGGCCCUGCUGGACAUCUUCUACAUAAACCCUUUGAACAUAGCCACAUGGUGGUACAAAGGACUCUUGCUUGUAGGAUGCAUGAUUGGCAGUGCAAUCAUAUUUGGAGGCCCUGUCAUCUAUUUAUGGCAUCGCUGGGAAAAGAGAGCCGUCGCUGCAGAGGAAGAUGAGGAUGGUAAGAAGGAUGACAGGUCGCAGCAGAGUGAACAUUUCAAGACAAUGCAGGACGAUGUAGGCCCAAAAGAUCAUGCUGUUUCAGGGACUACACAUUACGGCGCCAGACCAAACUUUGAAGAAAUCUUCACAUCCAUGUCUGAGCGCUGGGGCAAAGUUGAUAUCGGGGUGAUCGUGUGCGGUCCUGCAACUCUUCAGUCGAGCGUUGCCAAGCAGUGCAGGUCACAGAACUUGAGGAGGGGAGCGCUUCACCCAGUCUUCCAUUACAACAGCCACAGUUUCGAUCUGUAGCUACCCCGUCAAUGCUCUUCAAUCUCGUCCAUGCCAAAUUUGUGACUGAUCCAAUCCAGGAGCAUCGAUAAGCUUAGAGUACUCAUGAACAUCGUAUAGGAUCGGAUAUCAUUGUAAUGUGGCGUGAUGCAGUAUUACGAUGCUUGGUUAGAUGAUUUGUGUGCUCUGAAUCUAAAAUGCGAGGCACCCAGAUGUCCGUUGGUGGACACUGUUUUACUGAUGCAUUAUGUGGCUGUACACUUACUGUGUUGAUCUACUAAUCCUCUUCUUUAGUUCAUUUUUUGUUCUUUA